AUGAUAGCGCAGGUCGUUGACGAGGCUAAUGUGCCAUCACUAAAGUGCACGGAAGUUAAUGAGGAGAGCGAGAACAACAACGAACAAAAAGCUGCUUUGGCCGAAAUUAAACAGAGGAAUGAGGAUCUGCUGCUGUUAGAAGAGGCUGUUGCAAAGGUGAACGCUCUACACGAACACCUCAACUUUAUCGUACAUGUUCAGAAUGCAGUUACGGAUAGGAUUGACAAAAACAUCAGUGAAGCGGCUGAGUACAGCGAAAUGACAGCGAAACACCUUGAUGAAGCCUUACGUCUUAAGUAUGAGGAAAGAGAGGUAGAUGAAUUUGUAAAAUCUUAG